GACAUAUAAUAUACAAUCCGAAAGAAAUUUUACCGCCCUUAGAAUUUCAUGAAAAUGGUUUAUUAGAAAUAUGGGUUUCCUCUAAACAUUUAACGUGGAAAAACAAUAAAGUUAGAAGCCAAUUUCUAUGGGGUACAGAUGUUUACACAGAUGAUUCAGAUAUUAUUGCAGGACUUUACAUCCCUCCACCGCCCAAUUCAUCUAAUUAUCCAGACUACGAUCUUUGUGUUACAAUCAGGGUUUUACCAAAAUUGGUUCAGUACACGGCAACUGUACGAAAUCAAUAUCAAAGUCGAUCAUGGGGCAAUCAUCACGGUGUUAGUUAUAAAGUUGAAAGUGUUCGCAAAAUGAAG